AAUUAUUGCGGCCAGUUCAAACAACCUCCUUCCACACAGCAGAAGAAGAAACGAAGCCAGGAGAGAUCUCAGAGCGAGAGAAGAAAACCCGAUCCCGAUACCGAGAUGUCGUCGUUCGAUACUUUCAGCAACGACGGUGAGAACGGCGGCUACAUGGCCUACGACUCACAGAGCUACGACUACUCCUCUACCUUCGUCGACGAUGCCCCCCCGCCGGCCGCCUUCCCCGGCGACGUCGGAGGCUUCGACGGCGGAGCCGUCGAGGACGACGUCCCCAUCCACCACGCCCACGGUGGCAGCAUGCCCAACUCCCCCGAGGGCUACGGCUUCCACGGAGAUCCGCAGCAGGGCUACGCCGCGGCGCCCUCUCCCUUCGGGAUGCCGGACUCCAAUGGGAAGGCGUACGGCGAUGAAGAAGAGAACGGCGAGAUCUUCGUCUCCGACGGGCCGGUUUUGCCGGACCCGGAGCACAUGCGGGAGGAGGGGUUCGCUCUGCGGGAGUGGCGACGCCAAAAUGCCAUCCUUCUUGAGGAGAAAGAGAGAAAGGAAAAGGAGCGGAGGAAUGAAAUAAUUGCUGAAGCAGAUGAAUACAAGCGAGCUUUCUAUGAGAAAAGGAAAUUGAACUGUGAAACAAACAAGACCCACAACAGAGAAAGAGAGAAGCUAUUUCUGGCCAACCAGGAGAAGUUCCAUGCUAAUGCAGAUAAACAGUACUGGCAAGCCAUUGCGGAACUCAUCCCUCAUGAGUUACCAAGCAUUGAGAAGAAGAGAGGGAAGAAAGAACAGGAGAAGAAGCCAUCCAUCAUGGUAAUUCAGGGACCAAAGCCUGGAAAACCAACUGAUCUUACAAGGAUGCGUCAGAUUUUGGUGAAGCUAAAGCAUAAUCCCCCACCCCACAUGAAACCUCCACCGCCACCUGCCCCGGCAGCAGACAAGGAUGCCAAAGAUGCUAAAGAUGGUGCUCCAGCCACUGGAAAGAAACCAGCAUCACCUGCCAAAGAAACCACAGCUAAUGGUACCACUGCCUCACCCAAGGGAGAGGCCCCUUCUGCAGCAGAAGGGAAAGAAGCCAAGGUGCCCGAGCCACCUACCACUGCUUGAUUGCUGAGAAUUGCAUUGGCGAACCCCUAUUUGUUAGUGACAUCGCACUCCGUUUGUUAUUGAGAAUAAAAGAUUUGCAUCAGUCUGGCAGCAGAAUAGAGCAUUUGUUUGAGUUGUUCGCUUUCCUUGACUGGAUUUGUGGAGAUUGUUUAUUAUGAUAGAAAGCUAUUCUUUUUGAGAUUUUUUUUUCCCUGUAGAAGAUUGGAUUCUAUACUUUUUUGUCUAUCUGAAAAUCUUGGCCUGAGGAACCACAUUUAGCCA